AUGGACAUUGAAACUGCGGUAGAACGGCAGAUGGAGCCGGUAGAUGAGGAUGCUGAAGACACCACCAUCGCCGAUCUCUCCCAGCUACGAAGCUUUCCCGAGCCGCCGUCCGAUUGUCAAGUGUGCGUUGUCGGCGCAGGCCCGGCCGGCCUCAUGAUGGCCGCGACUCUGACGAGAUACGGAAUCCAUACCGAAGUGGUUGAUGAUAGAGCCGACCAGACACCAGUGGGAAGGGCGGACGGUUUACAACCCAAAACAAUUGAGACCUUCAGACAGCUACGACUAGCCGACCCUUUACUCCAACGAGGAGUCCGUGUCUAUGAUAUUUCAUUCUGGAGGGCCACGCAAGAUAAGCCGCUUCACAGACUGGGCCGAGAAAUUCACUAUCCACCCGUGAUUGAUGUCCUCGAUCCGUACAUUUUGCUGGUUCACCAAGGCAUCGUAGAGAGCUUGUUUAUUGAGGAUUUAGCCAAGAGAGGCAAAAAGGUGCGCAGAAACGCCGCCUUUGAGUCUUAUGAGAGCAUCGCCAAGACUGGUCUGUUGCAAAUAAACUGCCGCACGAAUGUAACACAGGAUAAGAAGACUUAUACUGCGCAAUAUUUGGUUGGAUGCGAUGGAGCGCACUCCAAGGUCCGCAAGAGUAUUCCCGAUGUAGCAGCCAUCGGAAUGUCCCAGGCCUCUAUUUGGGGAGUCUUGGAUGGAGAACUCAUUACAGACUUCCCAGACAUCUGGUCAAAGACACUAGUAUACUCGGAGGAGCACGGUUCGAUUCUCAUCAUUCCCCGUGAGAGAAACAUGACUAGGUUCUACAUCGAGCUCAAGACAUGGGCCACCGAGGAUCGACGGCAGCUCGGCCAGCAAUUCGUCAUGGAGCAAGCCAGAAAGAUCAUGGCUCCAUUCUCCGUGGAUUGGAAGUAUAUUGAGUGGUUUGGACGGUAUCAAGUCGGCCAGCGUGUAGCCAGCCGGUUCUCAGACGCUCACACCAGGGUAUUCCUCGCCGGUGAUGCCAGCCACACACACUCACCCAAGGCUGCCCAGGGAAUGAACACAUCCAUGCAUGAUUCUUGGAAUCUUUCGUGGAAGCUCAACCUGGCCGUCCGUGGACUCGCAAAGCCAGUCUUGCUCGAAAGCUAUGAAGAAGAGAGACGCAAGAUUGCGCUUGACCUGGUCAACUUUGACUACGAACACGCCAACCAAAUUGCCGGAGGCGAUGCGGUUGCACUGGCCAAGAACUUCAAAGCAAACGUACGCUUCAUCUCUGGAAUCGGCGUCGAAUAUUCCAACAGCCCCAUAAACCGCAUCGAGACGGACAGCUUUGCCAUCCCUACUGGCGAUGCCCGGCCGGGAUGCCUCUUGCCUCCGGCGAGGGUCACGCGAUACAUUGACUCGAACCCCGUGGAUAUCCAGCUGGACAUACCCAUGUUGGGCCAGUUCAGAAUCUUCCUCCUCACGUGGGACGUCCAGCAGGCUGCUCCUUUCCUGUCAACGUUUUGCCAAGCCAUUGCUGAGAAUGCGUCGUUUGUAAGCCAACUCUCGGCCGCGGCGAGCAAAUCCUACGCCGAGCAACCCAGAAAGGGCUCCGCAGAGGACAUCUACAUCCGCCCGGAGCGCUACACGGCCGUCAGCCACCUCUUUACUUUUGCACUAAUCACAACCAUGCCCAAGGCGGAGAUUGAGAUUUCCGACCUCCCGGCCAUGUUGCAGGACAGCCGCUGGACGUUCUACCUCGACAACAUCCCCGAGCAAGAUACCCGCGGCGCCCUAUGCACAAACAAGUGGCUGGGCAACCUCGAGCCGGGCGAGGUGGCCAUUGUCAACGUCCGUCCAGACGGGUACGUCGGCUGCCUCGGACGAUGGGACACGAGCAACGACGACUCGGGCGAGAGGGCGGCCGAGUGGUUGGACGACUAUUUUGGCGGAUUUUUGCAGGUCCCCCCAGCCGUGCAGAGCUAG